AUGCACUCGCGAAAGCGCGAGCGAUCUGUCGUCGAAGCCUGGCGGCGGCACUCUCCGGGCGGCAGCUCGCGCGGCGCCAUCUUGCAGGCACUCGCCGCUCGUGAGAUUGCUCCAGCACGGGCCGGGCCAUCGGGCGCCGCGGCGUGGGGCUCACUGGCCUGUUUUGGCGUCGAGAGCGAGUUCGACAUGCACGACCCCGAAGCGCUCCGCCUCUUCCGGCUUCCGCAACUCCGGCGGCGCUCCAAGGUGAUCGAGAUCGUGUGCAGCGACGACGUCGUGGUGGCGCUGACGCUAUCGGGCGUGGCGUGCGCCUUCAAGGACGGGAGGCGGGUCGCUUUCCUCAACGUCACGCCCGACGAGAUGGUCCGGUCCGUCCUCUUCAACCGGCGCUCCGCUUCCUUUGUCACCGUCUCCACCUACCGCGCGGACCACUUCUCCUCGCUGCACUGCCGAUCGACGUUGGUCGAGUGGGUGCGGCGUGGCGAGCCGGAGGCGGGCCUGCCCAUCUUCCAGCAGGAGGAGCUGCGCUGGCCCGGUUUCGUCGAGUUCGACGAGGUCUCUUGCCGCGCAGUCACCUUCUCGGCCGCCGACCGCACGUACGGCAUCUGGGAGCUGGCCAACUUCUCGCUGCUAUUCCGGCUGCGCGACCCGGAGAUCGCGGAGGUCAAGGCGGCAGCGCGCAACGCGCUCCUCGUCGUGCACCGCCGAAAGGCGGACGCGAUGCGCGUGCAAGUCCUGAGCAUUGCAGACGGCACCUCGCUGCUCGGCUCGGAAUCGCCCGUGGCGGCGGGGCAGCUGCAGGCGCCGUCAUCGACGCUGCACCUCUACGAGAGGAACUUGUUCCUCGCGGUGAGCGGGCGGGCGCUCGCCGUCUUCAGCUUGCAGGGCGACCGGCUGCUCGGCAUGGAGGAUCACACGCUGUGGUGCGACGGCGAGAGCGCGAUGUCCAACCUCUACGUCACCACGGCGCAGGACGUUGUGUUGUCGUAUUGCGCGAGGCCAAACACCGACCGCCGCGCCGGAGGGACGAUCAACGUGUCGAGCCUCCGCACGGGCGAGUGUGUCGCCAAGCUGGCUGCCGGCGCGCCCCUCCCGGAGCUGGCCGACGUGACCGCCCUUUCCUUCUCCGAGGCGCGGAGCGAGCUGUACGUGGGGAGCCGCAAGGGCAGCCUGUUUGUCUGGUCCCUCUUUGGCGUGGCGGCGGGCGACUCGCGCGAGGCGAAGCCGGCGUGGCCGCUCGACGAGGGAGCGACGCCACACUCCCCGACGCCCUCCCCGCCGCACUCCCCGCCGACCUUUCCCUGACAACAAGGAUGCGGUGAGCUGCCAGCUGCGCUGGGCGCGGCGGUGGGUGUGUUGUACAGUAUAUCGAGGGGCCCUCGAGCAUUCGGCUUGUUCAAAUUU